CGCAGGCCGCCAAGAUGGAGACCGCGCUGCUCAUCAUGUUCAAACAAACCAGACACCAACAACCACGACAGGGCAAAACACCCGACUGGUUUCACACGUUAGGCUCUCACCAAUGCCGGCACUGGCGGUAUUCUCCCGAGCCUUCGGUGGAGCGGAGGGGCAGGGCAUCGCGGGAGCAACCGCAGCCGGGCCAGGCCCGCGGAUGACUCCUCGGUUUGCUGGUACGGUUGGUACCGACAUGGCCACACGAAGGCUGCAGCUUUCCGCUCGCGGAACACGUCAACGAACGUUGCGGGGAGCAUGUGCCACGGGCAAACAAGGACGGGCCGUGCCAAGGCGGAGAGCGGUGAUCGGCUUUCGGCGGGUGAUGCCAGGAGAAAAGGGAGAUAAAUAGGUGGUUUGGCAACGUAACCGUCCUCUGAAACCGUUGUCUGUGACGAGAAAACAACAACCUACCCACCGAGACACCAAUACCACACCAAACAGAGACAUGGCUCCGACCCCCAACAACACGCAGUUCACAUACUCCCCCUCCUCCAUCAUGCCCCUUGACCACCCAACCGCGGCAUUGUCCGAACUCAUCCACACCCCCGCCCACGAGGAGACCACCGGGCACCAUCGCACCGCAUCCCGCAGCAGGAGCCACCGCCGCAAUCCCUACGAGGGCACCGGUCUUCUGGACGACGAACAAUUCUCCCGGCCCACGGACGCCCCUUCCCACGGACGACACCACCACACGGAAGGGACCCUCCCACUCCGGCUCGCGACCCCUAACGCUUUCAGCGGCAGCUCCUCCUCCUCCCGGCCCGCGGCAACCGUCUCCCAUCCCGAGGCGCACUGGGACGGCGGCCGGUACGAGUCAGCAGGGUCCGGCGUGAAGCGGCGGUACCGCGGCGCCUUCGCGGGGCAAGGGCCAUCGGAUCCCAACGCGGCGUCGGCGGGGUACACCGCAAAGGCCCAGGAGCGCGGGUCGACGACUACUGCCGCCGUGCUGGGCUCGGGGUCGGGCUCGUCGUCUUCCGGAAGGGGCGUCAGUUCUUCCGGGGGGCUGAGGCUGACGGAGGAGAAUGUGCGGCGCACGUCCAGCUUCUAUGAGUGCGUGAGGAGGGACAGCGCGGGACAGCGCGGUGAGUCGUCGGGGAGGAGGGCGUCGCUCCUGGCGACCCUGGAGGAGGCGGGCAGCAAAUUGAGUGGUGGUGCGCGGAGAUAG